AUGGCCAGCCGUAGAGUAUCGCCGGCGUCUGACGAACCGCUGCCCCUAGACCUUCACCUACGGCUUCUUCGACCUGUGCGCCGCAGCUCCCGACGGCGAUUUCACUGCCACGUUGCUCUACACGGAUGUGCCGCAUUACUACUCCUGAAUAAGGAGAAGCUGCGCUGGAAACGCCGAGUUCGUGAUCGCAAUGUCAUCGGACGAAUCUACACCGUUCCACUGCGUAGUGGCAGCGCCGUUACCUCAGACUGCUCCUCGACGUCGUCAUCGGUCCGACGUCGUUUGCGGAUCUGCUCAAGUUUGAAGACGUUGUGUAUCUUUCCUAUCGCGCCGCUUGCGCCGCUCGCAGGCUUCUGGCCGACGGUGGUGAGCACGACAUCUGUCUCACGGAAGCUGAACAGAUUCCGACCGGUGACCAACUGCGGCGAUUGUUCGUGUUCAUGUUCAUCCAAGCGACGGUUGCCAACCCGCCAGCCUUGCUAGAUCGUCACUCUGCUUCCCUAGCGAUGAUGCCGGUUAUCACAUCGAAUGCUUUGAAGACGUAUUCGUCGACGAUCAAACCAUCCGCCUGUGGACGCUCAACAAUAUUCGUCUCCUUCUUUGCGGCGAACGAUCGAACUUGGGUCUUCUUUGAUCUGUCCAAGCUGGCCGAGGACAAAGUGCGUCGAUCGUCCCGAUGAUCGGCUUCCCCAUUUCAAUCGUCAGCAAUGUGCGCAAGAUGCUGAGGAGGCGCCUGCCCGCCUGAGCCACGACCAACGAAAUGCAUUUGACGAGCUCCUUCGCGCGGUCGACCUCAGUGUCGUCGAUCAGAUGCGCGACGACCACCUUCAAGAAGUUGGGCCGCAGCAUGUGUCUUUCCUGCUUGCACAUGGGGGUACUGGCAACACUUUCGUGGAAGAAUGUCAUUCUCAAUAUGUUGCGAGCUCGACGACCAAGCGAUUGCCGAGGCCUCCUCGGGAGUAACGGCGUUGCUUCUCAAGGGAGGACACAUGGCGCAUUCGACUUCCGAAUCCCACUCGACACGUCGCCGACCACGACGUGCCCAGUCGACAGGGAGAGUGAUCUGGUGCUGAUGCUGCGUACCACCAAGCUCAUCGUUUGGGAUGAAGCACCAAUGGCGCAUCGAUUUGCGGUGGAAGCGAUGGACCGUUUGCUGCGUGAUCUCGGAGAGACCGAGGAGCUCUUCGUGGGGAAACCAGAUGGUACCAGCGGCGGUGGCCGACGUCGGGGCGUUACGAUGGGCGGAAUUUGGUGGCAUCCUGGAGGAUGA